GCGGCGGAACGAUUGGUCCGAGCGGAGGGAAACAUGUUGCUCUUCGUGGAGGCAGUACAGAGCUUUCAGAAGACAUGUGUAAAGAAUAUGAAAUAAUGUAUUCUUCAUCUUGUGAUACCACAAGAAAUACUACUGGCAUUGAAGAACCAACUGAAGGAAUGAUUUUAGGACCCGAAAAUAUGAGUUACCAAAUAUAUGACAUUUCUGGAGAAAACAGUGCGGCAAUCUCUACAGAAGACCUAAAAGAAUGUCUGAAGAAACAGUUAGAAUUCUGUUUUUCAUGAGAAAAUUUAUCAAAGGAUCUUUACUUGAUAUCUCAAAUGGAUAGUGACCAGUUUGUCCCAAUAUGGACAGUUGCCAACAUGGAAGAAAUAAAAAAAUUGACCACAGAUCCUGAUUUAAUUCUUCAAGUGUUGAGAUCAUCUCCAAUGGUACAAGUUGAUGAGAAAGGUGAGAAAGUGAGGCCGAGUCAUAAACGUUGUAUUGUGAUUCUCAGAGAGAUUCCUGAAACAACACCCGUAGAGGAGGUGAAAGCUUUGUUCAAAAAUGAAAACUUCCCCAAAGUGAUAAGCUGUGAGUUUGCACACAAUAGCAAUUGGUAUAUCACUUUCCAGUCAGAUACGGAUGCACAACAGGCAUUUAAAUACUUACGAGAAGAAGUUAAAACAUUUCAGGGCAAGCCAAUCAUGGCAAGGAUAAAAGCCAUCAAUACAUUCUUUGCUAAGAAUGGUUAUCGAUUAGUAGAUUCUUGUAUGGACAGUCAUCCCAUUCAAACGCAAGCACAGUAUGCUUCACCAGUCUUUAUGCAGCCUGUGUAUAAUCCUCACCAACAAUACUCAGUUUAUAGUAUUGUGCCUCAGUCUUGGUCUCCAAGUCCUACACCUUACUUUGAAACACCACUGGCUCCCUUCCCCAAUGGUAAUUUUGUGAACGGCUUUAAUUCACCAGGAUCUUACAGAACAACUGCUGCUGCUUUGAAUAUGGGUCGGCCAUUCCAAAAAAAUCGUGUGAAGCCUCAUUUUAGGUCAUCCAGUGGUACAGAACAAACUGCAGAGAGCUCUGUGCCAUUGGGGGAUGGACCAUUGAACAGAUCUAAUUCAAGGAAUUUUGCACCUGAACGGCAUAACCCUACAGUAACAGGUCAUCAAGAGCAAACUUACCUUCCAAAGGAGACUUCCGCUUUACAGCUGGAACAAAAUGGGGACUAUGGUAGAGGCAGGAGAGCUCUUUUCAGAGGUCGAAGACGACGAGAAGAUGAAAGAAUCCCAAGACCCCAUCCUUUAGCUGAUGCAAAGUCGCCAACACCAAAGUUUGACUUACUAGCUUCAAAUUUUCCUCCUCUACCUGGGAGUUCAUCAAGAAUGCCAGGGGAACUCCUUUUGGAGAACAGAAUGUCUGAUGUCAUUAAAGGUGUCUGCAAAGAAAAGGAGAAUGAAGAUUUGAGAGCUAAUGGCCCAGUACCUGAAGAAGAUGCACAGGUAGACUGUACUUCAGCCCAGCAACUCAGGAUGAGUACCAGUCCUCCAUGUGCAGCUGAACUUCCUGCAUUAAGCACAACUCAGCAAGAAAAGGAUACAACAGAUGAUUCAGCUGUUCAGAAGGAUAUUCUCAUUCAGAUGACUACACCAGUCUCUUCCCCAAGUAUUACAAAGCCAUCAAGAGCAAAUACAGCUUUACAGUGUAAUAGUAACAUAAAUGUACCCACAGCUGUGCCCCUACAGGAACCCCGAAAGUUAAGUUAUGCUGCAGUAUGCCAGAAACCCCCUAAAGAGCCAUCUCCAGUUCUUGUGCAGCCACUACAGGAACUUCGCUCCAACACAGUAUCUCCCACCAAGAACCAAGAGAAUGGAGCUCCUGAGAAGUCCAUUGAGAAACCGCAGGAAAAGCCAGAAGCAAGAGCUAGUAAGGAUUAUUCUGGCUUCCAAGGCAGUACCAUUCCCAGGGGAGCUGCUGGGAAAAUCAGGGAACAGAGACGCCAGUUCAGCCAUAGGGCUCUACCUCAGGGAGUGACUCGACGUAAUGGCAAAGAACAAUACGUGCCACCCAGAUCACCAAAGUAAAAACAAAACAAACAAACAAAAAAACUACUCAAAAACUUUCUCUCUUCCCAUUAAACUUGAGCCAAGGCUGUUUGAACUGCUUUGGAAGGGGAAGGGAGUAGCCAGGAAGGACAUGAAAAGUGUAUCCUUAAAUCAGUAUGAAUUUUGGAGUUAUGAGCAGUAGGGUCCCAAAAUUCAUCUCUAAAGUGAUUUUUAAAUGCUGGAGGAUUCUAAUCAGUAUAAAUA